GUACAUCUUUUAGGGUGGGUGCGCUCGACUUUAGUGACUCAACACGAGGUGUUAUGGAAUUUGCAGGCUGUUUAGGACUUUUAAAUUUGUAAACAAUAAAUGCUAGGCUAGCUGAUCAUAGACAAAAAACAAAUCAGAUUUCAGAUGACAGACUUAAAUGAAUAUUUAGAAGAGACUAUAGAUGAUAUUGGAGGAUUUGGACUUUUUCAAUGGAUACUUGUGAUACUGAUUUUCGGAAGUAAAAUAACGGAUAACUGGAGCACUUUGAUGAUGACCUUUGGAGGUGCCGUUCCGAAUUGGAUAUGUAACUUGACUACAUUAGACGGUCUUGAAAUUAACGAGUAUAAUAUAUCGGACUUAGAAUUUUGUGAGCUAACUACAAGUAAUAGUUCUGUCAAGUGCAACUCCAGGCUAUUUGAACCUGAAAUGUCAACUGUUGUCUCUGAGUGGGACCUGGUAUGUGAAAGAAGUUGGAUUCCAUCCACCAUUACAUCAUUACAAAUGGGAGGUGUAAUUGCUGGUGGGUUUAUUUCUGGACAAAUGGCAGAUACAAUAGGGCGUAAAUUAACAUAUGCGUCAGCAUUGUCUGCAUUAUUAGUAUUCAACACCGCGGCUGCCUUCUCAACAUCCUGGCAAAUGUUAGCAGCACUAAGAUUUUUUAUCGGCAUGGGAUGUGGGUUUGUCUCUUCUGUAAAUUUUACAUUUGUUUUGGAGUUCACAACAAGACAAUCCCGAUCCCUGUUAAGAUUUCUGCCGUGUAGAGAAGUGUUUGGAAUAUUGUAUGCCUGUCUUUGCUGGUGGCUCCAUGAUUGGCGGUACAUCCAGAUAGGUACUGCAACGUUAGUUGUUCCAUUUUUGCUGUUAAUCAUUUGGUUUGUACCUGAAAGCUUCAGAUGGUUGGUGACUCAUUGGAAAAUUCAGAAAGCAUAUGAAGUCAUUAAAAGAAUAGCGAAAGUGAAUGAUAAAAAAUCACCAGAAUACGAAAAAUUCCAUGCAGAAGUAAUACAAGUAGAAGAUUUAGUGUCUGAAGAAAAGAAAUACAGUAUUUUAGAUAUCAUAGAUAAUCCUAGACUUUUAAAGUUUACACUUUUACUGAUGGUCGCAUGGUUCAGCUGUGGUUACGGAGCAUACGGAAUAUUUUUUGGAGUAGGACAACUUGCAGGAAAUAUUUACAUAAAUCUUAUUCUUCUGAAUGUUGUUGGAUUUGUUCAAGUAACUGGAUGGUAUUUUGCUAACUGCAUUGGAAGGAAAUGGACAACCUCGAUGUUCUUUGUUAUUGGUGGAUGUUCGGGGGUCAUUGUUGGCAUAUUACGAACAUUAGAUAUAAACAAUAAGGAGACAUUUGUCACUAUUUUUGCACUCAUAUCUAAAUCAUGUGUGACUACUGGCUGGAUGUCGCUUAUGUUACUGACGGCGGAAUUAUAUCCUACUGUUGUCAGAAGUAUAGGAUCUGGUUUACAUAAUGCAACAGGUGGAAUUGGUACAAUGGUCGCUCCAAUGGUCAUUUAUGCUAGCCAGAAGAUUCCAGGUCUGCUUUAUAUGGUUUUUGCCGGCCUUAUGUUUCUAUCAGCAUUUUUCGUAAUUUUGUUACCAGAAACAAACAAUCAAGCUUUAGAAGACACAAUUGACGUCGAUUCCAAAAACUCUGUAUCGAAGAAAAUCAAAUCUGUAUUUAACAAAUCAGAACGGAAUGGCUAUGGAUCUCUGAAUUAGAAAAAAAUCCUUCUCAAAGUUUUUAUCAUUGUAUAAUAAUACUAGUUCUAAGAUAAUAUAAGAUAAGACACUAGUACUGUUAUUUGUAUGGGGGUACAUAUUUGUUAUAAAAUGUGUAAUUCAAUUUUUUACAUACUUUCUGCCAUACAGUAUACCGCAAUAAAUAGAAUUACUAAAAAUAAAGUUACCAACCUUUUUGACAACCAAAGUCUUGGUUCAGGUAUAAUUGACCGCAAGGUUUUAAAGGUCAUAACAUUUGUAUUUUGAACUCUUAAAAAAAAAUGAUAUUACAAGAAUGAAACAAAAAUCAGACGUGGAACGACAGAUGACAUUAGAACGGUUUUAAAAAUUAAUAAAGGCAUAAAAGGAAGAACCAAGAUUACAUAUUUUUUUCAUAGAAAAGUG